AAAUGUUGUCAGGUGCCCUAACUGUGCUUUUCUUAUCUUUCUCUGCGUUUGGACUUCCCGGCUAUCGCUUGAAAAUACCAAAUGGAAUAAAUGUUCCUAACCCUUGUACCAAUGUGUUUGGAUUAUGGAAUGGAGUGGGACACAAUAUCGCGAACGGAGGGGGGUCACUAAAUCCGUUCGGACAGGAUUUUAUGGACGCUAACUUUACCUGGACUCAGGAGCUAUGUGGGAAAGACUCGGACUCUGAUGGGAAAAUUAACGGACUUGAACUCGGAGACUUUAACUGUUCCUGGUUUGAAGGACAACCUCCCAUGGGGGACCCCACAGGACAUCCAGGUAUAUGCGAACCAAUGGACGAUCCCAAGUGUUUAGAAAUCAACAAAGACAUUACAUGUUUGUGAGAUUGCAGAAAUUAAAAUGUCAUAGUUUAUUAAUUUUCAUAA